GAGGAGGCGGCGGCGAGGGAAGAGGAGAGCAGAGCUGAGCGGCUGUACUCCAGCACCACCAGAGCACGCUUCGCAAGCCUGGCAGCCAACUUCCCCACCGGAGUUAGUGGCUAAAGGAUACCAUAUACGCGCGCGCACAAUCACACAUCGCUCCACCAAGGCAAUUCCACCUCCUCCCUGAGACAACAGCUGGAUCUUCAUCUUGCUUUCUCCCCAACCCCCACCCCUUUCUAAUUACAGAGUGAUCAGCAAUUUUAAACUUUUCGUGGAGAGGGGGGUUGAGGAAACAGACAUUUUUGAACUUAUUUGCUUUGAUCAUGUGAGAAGAAGAAUUGGGACAACCUUCCCCCCCCCAAAAAAGGAGGGAAGGCUCAAAGAGAAACCAACAUGUCUUCUCCAGACUCUCGCAAGAAGGUGGCUCAAGGACUCUUGUUUCCAAGGGACCCGGGCGCUUCGACCGGACGUCAACUUUGAGCAAUGCGUCGCCCCCAGCUUCGCCUCCGCCGCCGCCGCCUUUGCCAGCAUCGCCAGAAGUUUUCUUAGGACAUAAACAAAACUUGCGCGCGAGAGGGGGGGGAAAGGGGGGACGAAAGCGAGAUCAAGGAGCCGAGCAAAGACAGCGAGAGAGAGGGAGAGGGAGAGACAGUGUGUGCGCCUAUGCGUGUGAGGGGCGAAAGAAAGGAGCCCACACGCACUCAUUCACAACAUACAAAGCCUUACAGGAGGGGAAAAAGGGGGGAAGAGAAAGUUUCUCCGUGGGGGAAAAGAAAACAGCAGCAGCAGCAACAACAACAACAACAGCAACCCAGAAACUGUGAAGGAGAAAUAUGCUCCUGAGGGAGUGAAGGAAAGCCAAAAGGGGAGUUGUUGGUUGACCUCCCUCCCCUCGCCUGUUCCCGCUCUUUUCCCCCCCUUUCUAUAAAUAUAUAUCUAGAGAGAUAUUUGGUAAUGUAUUUCUUGCUGCUGAGGCAACCCCUAACAGGUGAAUUGCAAUAAGAGGGCGGGGGAGGGGGGGCGACGACGACGCGAAGAAGAAGAGCCAGUUUUCCCUGAGAGGAAUCGCGAGCCCAGGAGGGGGACGCGCACGGAGCACGCCUCGGUGCCGGCCGGCCGGCGGGCCGGACAGGCUGAGCUGAGCUGAGCUGAGACGGGCGAGCGAGCGAGCGAGGAUUCUCCUCACACAUUCCUGGGCUGCGGCGGCGGCUGGAGUACGAAGUGGAGGGGGGGGAAGGAAGGCAGCGGCGAUGGCUACGGCGGCGUCUAACCCUUACCUGCCAAGCAACAGCAUCCUGUCGGCGGGCUCCAUCGUCCACUCGGACGCCGGCGGGGGGAUGCAGCCGGGCAGCGUGGCCGUCACCUCGGUCUCCGGCGGCGGCUACCGGGGCGACCCUUCCUCGGUGAAGAUGGUCCAGAGUGACUUUAUGCAGGGCGCCAUGGCGGCCAGCAACGGCGGCCAUAUGCUGAGCCAUGCCCACCAGUGGGUGACAGCCCUGCCCCACGCUGCCGCCGCCGCGGCAGCUGCCGCCGCCGCCGCCGUGGAAGCCGGCUCGCCCUGGUCCAGCAGCCCGGUCGGCAUGACGGGCAGCCCCCAGCAGCAGCAGCAGCAGCAGCAGCAGCAGCAGCAGCAGCAGCAGCCCGACGUGAAGGGAGGCGGCGGGCGAGACGACCUGCACUCUGGCGCGGCGCUGCACCACAGGCCCCCGCCGCCGCACCUGGGCCCCCCGCACCAGGGCCACUGGGGGGCCACCACGGCCGCCCACCUGCCUUCCAUGGCCAGCCAGCAGCAGCAGCAGUCGCUCAUCUACUCGCAGCCCGGAGGCUUCACGGUCAACGGCAUGCUGAGUCCUCCGCCCGGCAGCCAGAGCCUGGUGCACCCGGGCUUGGUGCGGGGCGACACGCCGGAGCUGGGCGACCACCCGGGCCACCACCACCACCACCAUCACCACCCGCACCCGCACCAGCACCACGGCGGCGGCGGCGGCGGCGGCCUCAACAGCCACGACCCGCACUCGGACGAGGACACGCCGACCUCAGACGACCUGGAGCAGUUUGCCAAGCAGUUCAAGCAGCGCCGAAUCAAGCUGGGCUUCACGCAGGCCGACGUGGGCUUGGCGCUGGGCACUCUCUACGGCAACGUCUUCUCGCAGACCACCAUCUGCCGGUUCGAGGCUCUGCAGCUCAGCUUCAAGAACAUGUGCAAGCUCAAGCCUUUGUUGAACAAGUGGCUGGAGGAAGCCGACUCGUCCACGGGCAGCCCCACCAGCAUCGACAAGAUCGCCGCGCAAGGCAGGAAGAGGAAGAAGAGGACAUCCAUCGAGGUGAGUGUCAAGGGGGCCUUGGAGAGCCACUUUCUGAAAUGCCCCAAGCCCUCAGCCCAGGAGAUUACGAACCUAGCGGACAGCCUGCAGCUGGAAAAGGAGGUGGUCAGGGUUUGGUUUUGCAAUCGGAGGCAGAAAGAGAAACGGAUGACCCCCCCGGGGAUCCAGCAGCAGACGCCAGAAGAUGUCUACUCCCAGGUCGGCAACGUGAACUCCGACACGCCGCCCCCACACCACGGACUCCAGACGAGCGUGCAAUGAAAAAGACAGUCGCCAUCGUCGUCGUCAUCAUCACCACAAAAGUGAGAGGGAUUAUUAGGGAGAAGGGAGAGAACAGCGGGCGAGACAGGCAAGCAAAGCGGUGGUGGGAGUCGGGGUGGGGGAGGGGAGGGAGAAGAAGGGA